AUGCAGAGUUGGAAUUUGCCAUCCAGCCCAAUACAACAGGCAAGCAGCUCUUUGAUCAGGGUGUUAGAACAGCACAAACUGACAAAAGAACAGUGGGAAGAAAGAAUACAGAACUGGCAUGAAGAGCACAGGGGAAUGUUAAGGGAAGAUUCUAUGAUGGAAUACCUUAAGAUAGCACAAGACUUGGAAAUGUAUGGAGUCAACUAUUUUGAAAUAAAGAAUAAAAAAGGAACUGAAUUGUGGCUGGGAGUUGAUGCUUUGGGUCUGAAUAUUUAUGAGCAUGAUGAUAAGCUGACACCCAAGAUUGGUUUUCCUUGGAGCGAAAUAAGAAACAUCUCUUUUAACGACAAAAAAUUUGUCAUAAAGCCAAUUGACAAAAAGGCCCCUGAUUUUGUUUUUUAUGCACCCCGUCUGAGAAUUAACAAGCGAAUUUUGGCACUUUGUAUGGGAAAUCAUGAAUUGUACAUGAGGAGGAGGAAACCUGAUACAAUUGAAGUGCAACAGAUGAAGGCCCAAGCUAGAGAAGAGAAACAUCAGAAACAAUUGGAAAGGGCACAAUUAGAAAAUGAGAAGAAGAAAAGGGAGAUAGCAGAAAAGGAGAAGGAGAGAAUAGAGCGUGAAAAGGAAGAACUAAUGGAACGCUUAAGACAAAUUGAGGAACAAACCAUGAAGGCUCAGAAAGAGCUAGAGGAACAGACUAGAAGAGCUCUAGAAUUGGAUCAAGAACGAAAGCGUGCAAAAGAGGAAGCAGAGCGCCUGGAAAAAGAACGUCGAGCAGCUGAAUCAGCUAAAGCUGCUCUAGCCAAGCAAGCAGCUGAUCAAAUGAAGAACCAGGAACAGCUAGCAGCAGAAAUUGCUGAAUUCACAGCCAAGAUUGCACUUCUAGAGGAGGCCAAGAAAAAGAAAGAAGAGGAAGCUUCAGAAUGGCAGCACAAAGCUUUUGCAGCCCAAGAGGACUUGGAAAAGACCAAAGAAGAAUUGAAAUCUGUGAUGUCUGCUCCUCCUCCACCCCCUCCCCCACCAGUUAUUCCUCCAACAGAGAAUGAACAUGAUGAGCAUGAUGAGAACAAUGCUGAAGCCAGUGCCGAACUGUCUUCUGAUGGUGUUAUGAAUCACAGGAGUGAAGAAGAACGGGUAACAGAAACACAGAAAAACGAACGUGUUAAGAAACAGCUCCAGGCUUUAAGUUCUGAGUUGGCUCAAGCCAGAGAUGAAACCAAGAAAACACAAAAUGAUGUCCUUCAUGCUGAGAAUGUUAAAGCAGGCCGCGAUAAGUACAAGACUCUCCGACAAAUCCGACAAGGCAAUACAAAGCAGCGUAUUGAUGAGUUUGAAGCAAUGUGAGAGCUGUUACUUUGCAUAUAUGUUCCUCAUAAAGCUGAACCACCAACAGAGAAAAAAAAGCAGGCCUUUGCAGAUUUGAUGGAUUGCACCCCACUUUGCCAAAGCACUUAAUACCAGGUUGACUACAGUGACUAGAAGACAAAUUUUUAGGGAAGCUAUUCAACAGUAAGGCAGUCUGUCAACCCUAGGUUUUGAGGGGGGGGAGGGUGUGGAGGUUAAUAGCAGUUUUUUCCCCAUCGUGUUUUUAGUUUCACUGCUUCCCGCCCCAGAUGCGAAGCAUAGAAUGGAAACAGAUGCGAAGUAUAGAAUGACUGACAAGUGUAUAUAUUGCUUAACUUUAAGAAAUAGAAAGAAGAAUGGAACUGAACCUAAACUGGAUAGGUACUAUUUCAGUAUGAAGUUUGAAAUUAGUUUUUGAUGUAGCUACACCAUUAAGAGUUUAAUAUUCGCUGACUUUCAGUUUUGGUUGUUUUUUCCUUGUUUUGGUUUUUUUUUGUUUGUUUUGUUUUUGUGUUUUGUUUUUUGGGGUUUUUUUUUUUUUUUUUUUUUUCUCCCAAGUGAAAUUCUUGUGGUGUUUCAUGUCCUGUCAUCAUUGAUGGUUUUCUUUGCCUACCUGUUCACAAAGGUCUGGAUGGCAGGUGGUAGUUCCAGGAAAUGUUUUUAAAUGGAACACUACCUGUGGGCAGCACAUGGCUGCUGAUAGGCUCGAGUAAGUAUUGCUUUCCUAGGUAAUUCUUUUAGAUGUGUAAAGUGUUCUAAUGCAGCAAAGUGGGAAAAAAUAAAAAAAAAAGCUUGAUGUGCUAUUUGCUUGUUAUUAUUUUAUUUGCAGUAGGGAGACCUGGACCUUUCUGGCAAGGGAGCAUAUGAAAACAUCAGUCCCAGGGAGGGGACAGUAUCCUACCUCACUACUAUGUACAUGCUGACUGGUCCUUCAAACACCAUGAAAAAACUGUUUAAAUUGACUGUCACUACACAGUGAUAUCACAGAUUGCUAGGAGUCUUUACUCCUGGGAUUUUUGUUUUACUUCAGGAUGGAUUUAUAGUGCUAAAUACUGUCUAACUGCCUUCUGUUGAGUUUAUAUUGUAAAAACAUCUGGUGUGUUUUAAAGCUGUAACUUGUCACUGGUAUACUAUUUUCUGGGAGGGGUGUAGAAUGUGCGUGUCAGUCAGUUUGGGUUUCCAAAUACAAAACGAAAGUUUCCAGAAUUGGAGUAGAAGUGUGGUAGCUUCAGUUUUCAGUGAAGCUAGUAUUGUAAUAAUCAUAUCUGAUGUCAGAUCAAUAAGUCCUUUCCCUCUUGAAAAGGAGACCUGCUUUUUUGAGAAAUUUGCUUAUAAAUUGAACUUUAAUAACAACUUUACAGUUAAUGUGGACUGCAUUUAUCCCUUAUGUUAGAGUUCCCUAGUAAAUAUCUACAAUGGAAGAACCUAACUUUCUCUGAGGAUGGUUCAGCUUUUUUUCUGUUUGAUAUUAUGCACUCAUAAAUUUACACUUAUCUAUUAAAAUUUGCCAUUUUAUUAAACAUUUUUUUUCAUGCACAAUAGGUUUAAAUUUCUUACAAACAGUCCAACUAUUUUUUUUUUAUUUUGUGGAGUAAAAAUUUGGCUAUGUGGGGUGACAUCAUGAAAGUUAAAUAAAGAUACAUUAAUAUAUUUUUGGUUUGUGGGGCUAAACAUAUCUGCUUCACCAUAAAGACUGAUGUGCAGAUGCUGUGCACAUGCUUCGAAAUGCUGCUUGGUGGAAGUUGGUGUUUCAGCUUGCAGUGCAUUGUAAGAACAGUUUUUGUUUUAUAGGCUUCAUACACCGAAGCUUAAGCAAAUUUAUGAAGUGUUUGAACAGUUUGCCAUAGCAGGUGAAAUACUGUGCUUCCAGUGAGUUUUCAUUUUUCCCUGGAAAGUGUGCACUAACACUGAUACAUCAGUUUCAGUGUUGGGGAAAAACACCAGUAAAGUUUAUUGUUCAUAAAUCUACAACAAGUAGGGUAGGGCUGAAUGAAUUAGAUCCAUUUAUAAAGCUGUGUGAUUUUUUUUUUUUUUUUUCUAAAUCUAAACAACCAGGAACAACCAUUUGUAAUACAGAUUUUCACAACGAACAAAGUGGUAAUAGCUGCUGUCAUCAGCAGUUGGGAACACUUACUGGUGCAGAAAUACUAAGAAUACAUUUAAUGAUUACUUGGUGAAGUAAUUUUCCACAUGCUUUUUCCUUUAGCAUCAUGUUUUGUGUUGUACAAUUAAGCUACAAUUACAUCUACUAUUUUGGAUAACAUUCAUUGGUUAACAAUAAAGAGAUAAAGUUAA